CACCGCACAGCAAUUGCAAGGGAAGGAAACGAACCAUUCAUUUCAUUGUUUUGAAUCAUUUCCAACUACUUGUACCCACAUGCUGUCACUUUACGAUCACGAGAACUAAUACAACAUGAGACAUCAACACCAUUCCCUUAACAGCCGUCGCGAGUACCGUGGAGGAUGGUCGACUUCCAUAGGCGCUUUGCUCGAUGAUCCCAAUCGGAAGAGCAAUUGCUGCGCAUUGACUUGUUGCGGGAUAUUCUUGUAUGAUAGAACAAACUAUCUUGUAACAGGGAAUCGUCCCAACUKGAAGCGACGGCGUACUACUCACAUUCGAAUUCCGCUGUUGAUCCUAAUUACUAUUGCCAUCUCGGGAAUGGUGUCCACGUGUGACGACUUCGACGAUAAUUGCACAUCGGGAGGUCUAAUCGUAUUCUUCCUCGAACUCUUUUUUGUGGGCUAUCUUAUUUUCUUGUGCUGUUUGGGAGGCAAAAACCACGGAGUCCUGCGCCAAGCCGUCCACCAAAAAAUGAGAGACCAGCAACUUGGUGGUUCGGAAGAGCAGCAAACGCCUACGGAUAUCUCCACCAACCGAAAACCCUUGGGCUGCUGCUCGUGUUACCCCUAUGACGUGGUGCUUUCGGUGAACGAAGGAGAUGAUCCAGACGAUGCAGAUGACUCGCGAGGUUCCAAAGGAAUGGCGUCCCCCGAUCUUUCCACGUGCUUGUUCCGGGCCUGGAGCAGUUUCUGCUGUGGCGCUUUGUGCCAGUGUUGGUGCCAGUGCUGCGGAAUGUGUGCCAUCGGACAGGAAGACAGGGAACUCGAGCUCAUCCUGGAAAAAGACGGCAAUUCAGCUGCACUUCACAUCGACUACAUUACAUUCCAGCCUUAUUCCGAGUACUUUCCAGCGAUCCGCGACCUACAGAAUUCAAGAGAGGGGUCAUUUGCCAAACACCGGUUGGCUUUGUCGGACCUCUCCAAAAGGAUUCUACGCUACGCGGCCUUUAUUGUACUCUUAUAUUGUGCACUCUUCAUUGUAUCUCAGGAGCACUACGGAAUCAAGAUCGGGGUGGCCUUGGGCGUUUGGGCACAGCCUUGCGUCGUCUUGUACUUUGUAUGGUGGAGGUGGAACCGGUUCGAUAUUUCUUUGGAUGCUGUGAUCAAGUACUUUGCGUCUGGGUACCUUAUUGGGAUGUUUCAAGCCUUGAUUGUUGAAACGAUUAUUUUUAUUCCAUACGCGGCUUUCAUGGCAAUUGGAAUCGCCAUAGAGAUUAGGGGCGAAGUGGGGCAGGAUACGGUCGCUCCUGCGACGUAUUUGACGUAUUUCAGUGAUGGCAAGAAUACUGCACAGAUGAUGAAAGACUACUGGGGAUUGAAUGCUAUCUUUAUGUUUGUCUUGGCAUUUGUCAUUGCGGCAUUAGUUGAAGAGAUUGUCAAGUACUAUUGCUAUUGGACACUAGAAACACCGGAGCAAGUUGGUGAUAGGCAGAAAUCAAAAUUGAGCCAAGCAAAUUACAUCACUAUCGGCAUGGUAUCAGCUGCUUUGGGAUUCGCUUGCAAGGAAAAUAUGCAAUACGUAUUCCAAUCUAAAAACGUGAGAGACGAAAUAUUGACUCUCGUCUUGCGUUCUAUCCUAGCCGUGCACCCAGUUUGUGCUGCAAUCCAAUCUCUUGGUGUCGUGAAACGCGACAUCCAAGGCGAUCCUUCAUCUUCGCUGGGCCGAAUUCUUUUUCCUGCCAUCCUUUUGCACGGGCUCUUUGAUUUUGUUGAGCUGUUACUCAGCUAUUUCUUUGCCAUUGACAUGUUGAAUACAAAAGGGACGCUUGACUCAAACGAGGGUGUAGUCACGACGGUUGGAGUUGGAGUUAUCUUCAUGAUUGUGGGAUUGACGUAUUACUUUUGUCGUGCUCGUCAACAACGAAACGAGCUUGCUCUUUCUGACUUCAGCGAAGGUACUUCAAGCUUAGAGUUAAACCCUAUUCUUUAGUCAGAAAAGAAAACAGGCAUGAACAAUAUUAGGUUGAACCAAUUCUUCUUUCAUGGACAACUUUGCCGGUCACUUCCGAUCUCUGUGGUUAUUUUUGCUUCUAUUUCUGCCAUGAGAGACGCGAAGGAACUCCUAUCAUUGUGUUCCUUGCAACUGGAAUGCCGAAUUGGAAAGGACACGUGGUAUAAUCAGACGGGAUGUAACUUGUGUCUGUCUCGAAAAUGAUGUGUUGUUGUUAUGGUUGUAUCAACGUACAUUUUACCGCACAGCGGCCCGUAGAACAGUGUCUUUCGUCUGAAGAUUUCAACCAUGAUUCAUGGAAUGUGCAGGAGGUAGAAUGAAUAAAAACGUGUGCAAGCGUGUAAAAUACUUAUCCAUUAGGCAUGUAAUUCAGGAGCUAUAAAAUUAUAAGGUAGUC